AUGCAAAAUUAAAUAUUAACAAAUAGAUCAAUAGUCAAAUAGGACAGGAUCUCCAAAAUAUUAUCAAACUAUAAGACUGAUAUAGAUAGAUAUAGCCAGUAAAGCUUUAGAAUGCUUAGUUAGAAAAUUAAAAGAAAAGUACAUACUAUAGGUAUGAUAAGAUAGGAAAUCAAAUUAGUGAUAAUUAAAGUAAGUAUCCCAUUCCAAAGAAUAAAACUGAUGUUUCCAAAUUCUAUAGUGAUCAUUCUAAAAGCCAAUUCCAAAUCAGUGUUAAAGAUCUACUCAUGCAUAAAAGUCAAAUCUAAAAAUUAUAAUCCAUUAAAACUAAAGACAACAACAAAUAAAUGGUUCCAAGAAUAAACAAAACAUAAAAUGAUAUAUUUAAAAACUAUCUUGCCCAAAGAAAUAUUAAUGGUUCUAAAACUUAUAGAGACUCAAGUAUUAUCAGUGUCUCUACUUAGGAGAUUUAGAUGUCCGAAUCAAAUUGAGUGACAAAAGUAUACAUUCUCAAUAAGCCUUAUUACAAACUCUAAUCAAUAAGAGUUAUGAAAAUAAAUUAAAUGAGCCAAGAGAUUCCCCAGAAUUAUGUUAUGCCUCAUAACAUAUAUUUAAAAUGCUUUAAUAAUCAAUAAAUGGAUAAAGUAGUCUCCUUCUUCGUUCUGGUAGUUAAGGAAACGUUGCAAAUACUUCAUAAUCCAAUAAUAAAAGUGCAGAUCCAAAAUUUAACAAAAUCAAAACAUUUUUAGAGUAAACAAAAACAUUUCAUACUACUACUGAUCCAUACAAAUUAACUAUAGAUCAAGAAAGAACAUUUACAAAUAAAAAGUUUGUUUAAGUUAAUUAAAGUAAAAUUUAAUCAAUUUUAAAAAUUGCUAAUUAAGUAAAAAAUACUUUAGAUGCAUUUAAUUAAAUAUUAAAAUAAUAAGAAAAAACAUCAUCUAUACUAUCAAAUCUUAUUUCUAAUGAAUGUAAAUUAUAUUUAUUAUAAUCAAGUGUCAUCUAGAGAUAGUAUCGAAUCAAUCUAAACUUUAGAAUGA